CUUCUCAAUCAUCAGUUCGCCAAUUUAAUACUUAAACGCAUUUCAUCCAUCCUAGGAAAAAUUUUACUGCAAUCGGAAUAAAAUUUUGAAGUUGAAAAUUAACAAUUCACAUUUUACAAACUAAAGUGUGAUCUUGUAAAAAUUUAUAACGAACUUUAGCAAGGUCCAAAAAUUGAUUUAUGGCAAAUGAAGGCCUUUGAAGAGAAAAGAGCUAAUUUCUAUACAGUGUUUCUAAAAAAGUGAGAAAUUAAAUUGAGAUCAUAAAAAUGCUGUUUAUUUAGUACUAAAGAAAAACAAAUAAAUACAACUGAUUAAAUCUGACAUCUAGUAAAUGCAUUUUUGGAGUUGUGGUCUCAAGUAGUUAAUUGAAUCAUCACAUAAUUUGUCGUAAAACACGAGUGGAUUCGUUGUAGAGUUGGAAAACGAUUCCACAUAUUUGCGAGAUUGUGGAAAGCAAGCGAGAAAGAGUGAAAAGAAGGAGCGAAGAAGCAGCUCGGUCUUUUCGAAUUGUGCUGCUACAUUGGAUAGUGCGUGUCGGUCGUGCAUUUAUUUCGUUUAGACAGUCAGUCAUCGGUUAUUUUUCAUUCGUGCGGUUGAGUUAAGAGUCCAAGUGAGAAUUUUAAAUUUGAUUUUAUUUAAAUAGCCUCAACAUACGUCACGCCAGAAAUAUUUUGUAAAUUCAAUCCAAUUUUUUGUUUGGUUCGUGUAAAUCAAAAGCCGUCAAAAUUGAAUCCACGAAGAUUGACGAGACUUUUUCCUCCUCUUCGACUGCGAUGGAGGAUAAAGCAACAACAAAAGAUCUGGAUCAAUGGAUUGAGCAGUUGAACGAAUGCAAUCAAUUGACGGAAACGCAAGUGCGAACCUUGUGUGAUAAGGCGAAGGAGAUUCUUUCCAAGGAAUCUAAUGUUCAGGAGGUAAAAUGUCCGGUCACAGUAUGUGGUGAUGUCCAUGGACAGUUUCAUGAUUUGAUGGAAUUAUUCCGGAUAGGUGGCAAAUCUCCUGACACUAAUUAUUUGUUUAUGGGUGAUUAUGUUGAUCGUGGUUACUAUUCAGUAGAAACCGUCACAUUGUUGGUGGCGUUAAAAGUUCGUUAUCGUGAGAGAAUAACGAUUCUACGCGGCAACCACGAAUCGCGACAAAUUACUCAAGUUUAUGGAUUCUAUGAUGAAUGUUUGCGAAAAUAUGGCAAUGCGAACGUUUGGAAAUAUUUUACCGACUUGUUUGAUUACUUACCACUAACGGCAUUAGUCGAUGGUCAAAUAUUUUGUUUACAUGGAGGGCUUAGCCCAUCUAUUGAUAGCUUGGACCAUAUUCGUGCAUUGGAUAGACUUCAAGAAGUGCCGCAUGAGGGUCCCAUGUGCGAUUUACUGUGGUCCGACCCCGAUGAUAGGGGUGGUUGGGGCAUUUCACCCCGUGGUGCCGGUUACACAUUUGGUCAGGAUAUUUCGGAAACGUUUAACAACACAAAUGGACUGACACUUGUAUCUCGUGCUCAUCAGUUAGUUAUGGAAGGAUAUAAUUGGUGCCAUGAUCGCAACGUUGUUACAAUAUUCUCAGCGCCUAAUUAUUGCUAUCGCUGUGGAAAUCAAGCGGCCCUAAUGGAAUUAGAUGAUUCACUCAAAUUUUCAUUCCUACAAUUUGACCCAGCACCUCGUCGUGGUGAACCUCACGUUACACGAAGAACACCGGAUUAUUUCCUAUAAGAGAAUUCUUCAUCCAUUUACAUAUAUUAUACAUACAUUUAUAUAAAUGCAAAAAGAACAGCAGAAAAAACAAAGAAUACUAAACUAUUUAUAAAAAUCGAAUUCCAAUCGCAUGGAAAGAAGAUAUAAUAAAUAAGUAAAAUCAAUAUAGUUGAAGUGAAUGUAAAAGUAUAUAAAUGGAGGUAACACCAGAUUUUAGCAGCAAUAAUUAUGGACGAGGGACGGCUGCGAUUGGCAACUUAGUAGGAGUACUAAUAAGUUAUUGUGUAAGAAACAGCCGACACAAAACCCCAUACAAGUAUAUGUUUAAAACGUAGGCAUUAGUUUAAGGCUUACAAAAAAGAUGCAGCCAAAUGCGAAAAUUUUAGUAUAUGCAAAUCCAAAACAAACAAUUUCCACACUUUAGUUAAAUAAAAAGAAAUGAACUUUGGGACAGAAUUACAA